AUGGACCCUCGACCCUCAGAGUCGAUGCUCGCGGCGUGCGCGGGCCGGCGUCCGACGAUCCUCCGGGUCCCCGACGUCCCCCUCGGCGACGGCCGCGACGUCGCGUUGUACUCGAAGGCGAUCGCGCCGACGCCGGCGUCCGGGGAGUGGCGCGCGGUGGCGUGCGCGACGUGCGCGAGCGUCGUCGCCGGCGGCGCGUUUCGGUCCCUGGACCCGGACGCGAAGGACUAUUUGGAUGAGGUGCGUUCUAUACACUGGUCCCCAUACGACCGCGUUCGCGUGGUGAACGCCGUUCCUUAA